AAAACACUCACAAAUCUCCUUAAAGAGUCACUAUACAACCUGAAAAUGACCUCAAAGAGACAGAAAAUAAUCUCUAAAAGACAAAAACAAUCAAAAAGAGACACAAAAUAAUGACAAUCUGACACAAAAUGAUCUAAAAGAGACAAACAAUAACUACAGACACAAACUUACAACAAAAACACACAAAAUAACUUAAAAGAAACACAAAAUAACCCAAAAGACUCACAAGAUCUAACAGAGUCACAUAACAACCACGAUGGGGGGCAAAAUGACCACACACAAAGAUGCUUAAUACAAAACAACAAAAAAAGAAGCAAAGCCACCACAGCCUGUGUCUCCCUCCUGUGUAGGAGAGGUGGUGGGGCCUUUUGCACAUCUGUGCCCAGGGGCCCAGUGUAUCAUAAUGCGCCCAUGGUUACAACCAGUGCCAGUCUGCCAUAGUGGAUACAGAGGAUUUUAACUGGACACAGUAAGAGAGCUUUACAAGUGAGUAGACGGCUCUCCAAGUUGUGCAGGUGUGUGGUGCUGCCUGUAGAGGACACUGUGUUACUCUGUGCACAGUGGGAUAAGCUGACUGUCUCUGUCUCCUCCCAUGCUUCUUCACUUCGAGGACCGACCGGCUCCAGUCUCCGGCUUCAGACAGCGUCUCAUUGCGUCUCUGAGAUGAACUUCUAACAUUAAUGUUAGGGAAAGUGAGACAACCGGAUAUUCCCGUGUUACAGAGGAACUCAUUUGCUGAAGUAAAGGCAGCGCAGCCUGAUUUGGGCCAGCCGAUGUGUCUCUGUAGCCCGGUGUGUUAUCUGUCAUGGAUCUGCUUUUCAUAAUAACUUAGGCGUCCUAGAAGACUCUCUGAUUAUUAGGACAACAUUAGAGACAGAGCAGAAAUGGACGGAGUGAACGUGAGCCAGCUGUCCGACGAGGAGCUGCUGAUGCUGGGGAAGGAGGAUCUGAUUCGGAGGCUGAGGCGGCUGGAGAGCCGCAACAUGGACCUGAUGCUAGAGCACGGAAACAUGAUGAAGGACGUGAACCGGAGCCUGCAGGUCCAUCUCCACGAGAUCCGAAGCCUCAAAGAGGUCAACCAGAAACUGCAGGACGACAACCAGGAGCUCCGGGAGCUGUGCUGCUUUCUGGACGAUGACCGACAGAAGGGGAAGAAGGUGUCCCGGGAGUGGCAGCGGUUCGGCCGCUACACGGCCAGCGUCCUGUGGAAAGAUGUCGGUCUGUACCAGCAGAAGCUGACGGAGCUGGAGAGCAGUCAGGAGGCGCUGAGGACGGAGAAUAUGGAGCUGAAGGAAAUCGUCCUCAUGUUGGAUGAGGACAGGAGCGGAGCCGGCUCCCGGAGCUCCAUCGACAGCCAGUCCAGCCUUAGCAACCUCAACUGCUCGGUGCCGGUUCGGGACGUCGGGGAUGGUAGUAGUACAUCCAGCACUGGAAGCGCCGGCAGUCCUGAUCACCAUCACAGCCACUUACACAAAGCAUCCGAGGGAAAGAUAUCAUCUCUGAGGAGGUCUAUGGACGACCUGUCCGCCCCUCACUUCCAAAGAGGAGAUGGAAUCAGUGAUGCAUUAGCCGGCUACAUCAGACAGCUGGAGAACAAGAUGAGAGUACUGGAAGAAGAAAACCAACAGCUGCUGUCACAGAUGAAUGAAGGGGAAGGAAAUACACUGGGGAAGGGUUUGUCCCUUUAUCAUUCAGAAACUCAGCUCUCACAAUUCCAGGACAAUGUACACAAUGGUGCUGCUCAGACCCCCAGCAGUGAACCGUCCUCCACAGGGCUCUACCCCCCGCCAAAACAGAAACCAGAAGCUAUAGUCCACGCAAUGAAGGUGUUGGAGGUCCAUGAGAAGCUGGACAGGCAGCGCACACAGGAAUAUGAUGAAGAUCUUAACGAGAAAGAAAAGGCCAUUGUCAGAGAGAUGUGCAAUGUGGUUUGGAGAAAGCUGGGUGACGCUGCUGGAUCCAAGCCUUCCAUCCGACAGCAGCUUUCAGGCAACCACUUUAAAGGCCCUUUAUAGUUGUCAGUGAAGUGAAGCCACCAGUGGUCCCAACACCCCUACACUGCUACUUUGGAUUGGAAGCUUUUCAGCACAGUGUUUUGUCUCUUGGCUGCCAAACUACAGCCUCCUUAGCUUGAACCAAACUGAGUCAUAAUGGAUAUUCAACUCAGUACCAGGACACACUUAAAUGGCAACACUGAAAGACUGGCAACCUGGGUUACAGACAUGGACUGUAUGGAGCCUUUAAAGCCUUCAGCUUCUUGGAGGCGGAAAAUCCAAAUGUGAGAAUUGUGACCGAGGUCUGGUUGUAACUCAAACUCAAGUGGCAAUCACCAUGGCUUAGUGUGAUAGGCUGAGACAUCGGCCAAUCAGACAAACACAACAGAAACUCUCCCUUUAAGCCUUAAUAUCUCCAAAAUGGCUCAAUAAUGUGCAAGAUGACAGCAUUGAUAUGGGAUAUAUAUAAAUUAGUGUAGGAAAAUGUUGCUCUGUGUUUGAAGAGAGAUGUUGGAUGUUUUCCAAAUUGACUUCAAAGUUUCAAGUGCUUACUGAACGCUCAAGGCAUGUCUUAGCUUCUCCACUUAGCUGUGGUGGCUCCUACAGAGAAAAAAAAGCACCAAAUAGCAGUCCCUCCAGAAAAUCGCGAUCUUGCAAUCACAAUAAUUAACGCAAAUUCAACAAAAGUCCACAAUAUUUGCAGGGGCUUGCAAUUUUUCAAAAGUCCAGUGAUUUUUCUGCGUUUUUCUGCAUUUUCAGUAAUCAGACGCGUCAUCAAAUGCACUAAUGGCAUUGCAGUAUGGAGAAACGCUUUGUAUUGACAUAAGAGUUUGCACUGUUUAAAUGCUUACAAUAGGCCUAUGUGUUGAAUUUAUUAAAAUGUUAUGUUUACAGAAGAUGUUGCUUACAUGUUGUUUUACAGUCACAUUGUCUGGUUUGAGAGCUACAAUAUUCACUCAAGCAUUAUUGGAGUAUUGAAACUAAUUAAAUAAAACUGAAGAAGAGAACUAUAAAAACAUUUGCAGCUAUUUUUGUAAUAUUCAGUAUGAUUAUUAUAGCAAGUGAUUACAUGGCUUAUUUUUUGGAGGUAGUCAUUUAAAAAAAAUCACAUUUUUUCUCCUUCUCCAUUUGCCGCAAUUUCCCACAAAAAAUCACAUAAAAAUGCCGCAACUUUUAUCACAUUUUUUGACAAAAUUUGCUGCAAAUUCAAGGUUCUUUUGCCGCGAGAUCCUGGAGGGACUGAAAUAGCAGUGCUUUGUACUGGAGGAGUGCACUCCAAUAGCCACGCGUUCACACAGCCACCCAUCAGCUCUGUAGGAACCUCUGUUUAUGUCUUGAUGAACAAAAGGAAGCUAUGUAUCUCAAUAGUUCAUGCACUUUUAUUCUGUUUGGACUUAUUGAUCGUGUUUACAGUGUGGAUGUACAGGAAGAAUUCAAAAAGUCUAUGAAGGACUGAGGUUAAUGUGUUCAUGUCAGAGCCGUGAACCACAGAAACUGUCCACCAUUUGAGUCACAACUUUAAAGUUCAUCUAUUGAUCAGCCUGUUGGAGGAUCACAUGCAAGUUAUCUUAUGAACUGAAGAUGAACCAAAGUUUAUCAUCUUCUUUUAAUGCUUAUUUUUAAAACAGCAUUUUUAAACACUGCUGGCUCUUGUUUCAAACCUUUUGUACAUAAAUAUAAUCAAAGUCAAGAAUAGACAACUAAAAAUCCCUACAAAUGAAGCAAUAAAUAAUCCUAUUUUGGGGAAUGCCACAAAGACACACAAGGACAUAAAAUGUUGAUAUUUUCAGGCGUUCACUGAAACAGUUAACUUUCCUUAUUUUUUAUACUUAAACCAUAGAACACUUAAGUGUUUUUUUAAGUUUUGUCAGCAGAAGUCAGUGAUCCAAUGAAACACUCUUGAUUCAAAUUUAUUUUAAUUGAUUCAUAGAAUUAGCAGAUGAACAGAUAAACAAACCACUGACUGUACAAAUCAGCUGCAAUUUUUUUAAUUAUGUCAUGAAAACUAACAGCAGUUGUGUGUUUUGGUGGAUUUGGCCGGCAGCAGCUUUACAACAUGCUUGGCCUACAUACUGAACACACAGGAAAACUGCUACCAGCACAGGAAUUUGAUCAAAGAGUGGAUUUUGCACUCAUUCGGAGCUGGUUUCACUUCAGACUAUUGUGAGAUGCUUAAGAGACUUUCUGGGUAAAAUGCUUGUGCUGUUGAAAUCACAGUAAGAUGAGUGGGUUGAUACCAACCUUGUAUCUGUUUGUCAAUGCAGACAUAGGACCAGGAUAUCCUAUAAUCUGGGUUUUGUUCAGGGUUAUUGUGCAAAUCAGAGUGUGUACCAUGAAGUGAGAUUAGUGACUCACCAAGGUAUGUUGAGUCUCAAGCAAGAGUUUUCCAUGUCACGAAGGUGGAUCUCAUUUAACCUGGCUAGAUCGCCAUGGUAACUCAUGCUGCAUGGCUAACCUGGUCAGGACCAGUUUUGUCCUGAGUUUAGUCUCAGCUUAGUCACUAAUCAGCCUCUUUUGGAAAUUGCAACACUCUAUAGUCAAGAGACAAUCUAUGAGUGAUGCAGUUUCUCAGCUGAGGGAACACAUCAUAAAUGCAAACUUGUUGAGCUGUAAGGUUACAUUAGUAGCCUGAAGAAGAAAGUCUGGGUAACACAGAAAGUUGAUAACCACCAUUGCAAUACCCGAAAUCUGUGAAUGGGGCUUUAGGGUUUGCCGAGCUAGCUAAGACAAAGAAAGCCUGGCUCUGUUGAACUUGCUUGGUGGUACAGCUCACUCAACCUCACUAUGAGAGUAAGUCAGUGCAUGCUGCACCCAUCUUGAUGGAGGAGGAGCAAAAUGUUCCUUCUUUUUUGGUGAUAAGCUAGGCAAAAUGCAACCCUGGGCCCAGUUGUUAAGAAGUAAUCUGAUGGGAUUUUGGCUAAGGGAUUGGAUCAAAUCUUGAAAACAGAUGGUUUAAAAGAAGAAAGUAUUCUGAAAUCAGAUUAGAUCACGUUAUCCAGUCUUGGUUGUGAUUUGUAACAAAUUUUCAGUAUGUGUUGUUCAAAACAUUUUAGUAGGAUUGGAAUACCUUUGAAAAAAAGGUCCCAGUAUCCUGAUCCCAGUAGAAGGCUGGAUUCAGGGUGGACUUCAGGAACAAAAAGUUAUAAAACUUUUAAAUUGGUCAAAUAUAUAUACAUUUAGUUAGAUUUUGCACUUGAAUUGUUUGACAGUUACUAUGAUACAGUAGAUAAAUAUAGAUAAACAUUAGACUACCUUUAAUGCUUUAUAGUAAAGUAAAAAAGGAUGUCUCCAUAAAAUAGUCCCCCUAUUAGCUGUCAAAAUCAAACACAAAAUAUUUAGAGGCAUAAUCUCAAAGAUCUCUGUUUCUGUCUACAUUGUGAUAUGUAGUCCCAGUUUACUAGAGGACUGGUUAUCUGGAUAUGGUAAUCAAAAGUUUGGAUCAGGGUGCUCCAGUUCAGUGUUGCUUUAGGUAGGGUUGCAACUAAGGUAUACCAUGAUGUAAAAGUUGACGGUUAUCAUACCAUGUACAUUUCCUUAUCCAUGAUAUUGAAAAAAAAACUGCAAAGGGACAUUGAAUUUCCCUUCUAUUAUAGUUGUUUUCUUAGGGGAGACUUCUUACACACUUCCAUUAACAAGAUAGUUUAAUUUUCUUUUAGGGUCAUUCAGACUGAUAAUAACAUAAAUUCUGUAAUACCAUGAUACCAUGAAGCCGCAAUAUUUUCUGAGAUGGUUAUCGGACUGUGAAAAUCUCAUACCAUUACAACUUUAAUGAGCACAAAUGUAAAAUGGAUUAGCUGAUCCUGAAAAGCAAAAAACGAGAUUUGACAAUGGAUCAUUCUCAUCCAGAUGGACAUUUUUUUGAACAACUGGGCCCAGAUGUUUUUUUUUACUGGAGAUUAAAUGCAGUCUUGUUAUUGGACUGUGAGUAAGACAGUAAUGUCACAGUGUUCCUUCUAUGACAAAACCAUAUAUUAGCCUUAGGGUAUGAUUUUGGCUAGCUCAGUUUAUAAGCUAGUCUAUGACAAUGUUACUUUAUGUUUUAACUUUAAAAAAUGAUAAUGAUAUUGUCAUUUUAUUUUUCUUUGAUCAUAUGAUAACUCUAUCCCUACUGUGGCUCUUCUGAGUGUUCAUGAAAAUAGACAAGCACAUUACAUACAUUAGCAAAACAGGUAGCUACCAGAAGCUAGCCUGGGUGUCGGACUUUUCAAUAUAUUCAAUAUAUACCCUUGCUUCUGUUUUGUUUUUCUGCAGGGAAUCUGUAAAAUACUUAAUGUUUGUCCAAUUUAUUUAAUAUUUUAUCCACACAACCAUUUGCAUAAAUCCCAAACUUGGCCCAUUUAUUCAUUAUCAUUCAUCCCUGCAGUGCUGAGUUCCACCUACUUGGGUCAUAACUUAACACUUUUGUCUCAAUAUUCUUUCCCAGGACAAUAAUACUAUACACUGUACAGUGAUGUAUUACAAUUUAUGUAAGAAUCAUAAAUGAAGUUACGUGCUUUUUGUUAAUGCAACAUUAUUUUGAUUUAUAAAAAUGGUGGAAUUUUCUUUCAAAUUAUUUAAGUGGAAUACAUUGGUAAAAAUGUUGUGUCUGACUUUGUCUUCAAAAACAUAGUUUUGCUGUCCAAUUUUAUUUGGAUAACAAAGUGUGUGCAUUUAUUGACACAGUAGAAUCCUUCAAUAUUUGCAAAGUGACCAUUGUUGAAAACCAUCACUCCAUUAUACCCUAUACUGCUGAAGAAGACAAAGUGAUGUUUUAAAAAAAAAAAUAUUUUUUUAUGGUGACAUUCAAACGCACUGCUUAAUUUGUCAUGGAGUUUUGGAGUUGAUGGUGAUGAAAUGUUUCUCUGUGGCAGUGCAUUUUAGAGGAAGACCAGUGCUGUUUAAAAAUACAUAUUUCCCAUACAGUAGGUAACCAUGGAGUAGCAUGUCUUUAUAUUUUUGAAUAAGCUGUAUGUAGCUGAAACUGUAUUUUAGCAGUGUAUCAUAGUGAUAUGAAAAAAAUAAAAAGCCACUUUUAGAUGAUUUUGAAAUAAAAUAAAAGUAUAC